AUGGUGUCUCCUCAAAUAACAAACCUGGCGAUCAUCGUCGUGAUGAUGCAGCUGGCCAAGAAGGUUCCGUUCGACAACCCUGAUGUCCUUAUGCUAGUCCGUGGCAUCUACAUCUUGUCCAACGUGAUCAUCCUGAGUCUCUACCUCUACACACAGGCUCAAAUCAAGAAAAAGAAUGAUCUCACGACCUUGAAAUACGUCGAGCCUGCUCCGCUCGGAAGUGGCGAGGAGGCCCGUCCCGUUACAACCACCAACUCGGAGUACGACAAGGGACAGCUGCGCCAGCUCAUCAAGAGCCAGAUGAUGGGUGUUGGUAUGAUGGGUGUUAUGCACCUGUACAUGAAGUACACCAACCCCCUUCUGAUCCAGUCGAUCAUCCCUCUCAAGGGUGCGUUUGAGUCGAACCUGGUGAAGAUCCACGUCUUUGGCAAGCCAGCCACCGGCGACCUCCAGCGUCCCUUCAAAGCUGCCAACAGCUUCCUCAGCCAAGGUCAGGCCAAGACCGACAAGGCCUCUCUGGAGAACGCAGAGAAGAACUGGAGGGGUGGUGUCAAGGAGGAGUAA